AGACCAGACGCUGUGCGCUCCGGUGCGCAGCGCCCCACGCAGCCGGGACCCGGCGCCGCUUUGCGGGUGGAACCGCCGCGCGCUCCUGGCCUCGGGAGCUGAGCUCGAGAGAACUUCGCUGCCUUCGGGUCGCCGCUCCCGCUUUCCACUGUGGAAUGUGCAGCUUGGGAUAAAGAGAAACCAGGGUUUGGGGAGCGGUCCUCCUGGAGACUUUCUCUCCGCAGGUCUCCAAGGUUAAGCAAUUCUGACCCACUGGAAUUCCCAGAGCCUGGGAGUUAAGCCUAAAACGCUCUGUUGCUUUAAGCGGCGCGGUGGGGAGUCGCUGGACACUCCUUAUUUUGGUUUUACAUUAAAAAGAAGGCGGACGAGAAGAUGUUGUAGGUGACUUCCUAGCUGUGUUAAGUUGCUCCUGGGCUGUGAAUGGUGUUAAUUUCUGAAGUGGGCGGCUCCAAAAACUUAACAAGGAAAGCUUAGGUAACGGAGGCCUUGGAAGGAGACUCUGCCUCAGGUCACCCAGCAGAGAUCAGCAAUCCUUGGCUCACUGAGGAGGUUUGGAUUUGCCUUAAAGGACACGCCAAAAAUUGAACAGAGAAAUCCCAAGGAAGCUGCCUGAAUUCGCCUGUAUAUUCUCGUUCUGCAUCUUAUAAAGGACCAGACAAAUCACAUUUGUGGUUUUGGUUUCCGCCAGCUGUGGAUGCCUUUGACAUUAUGACCGCAGAGGAUUCCACCGCAGCCAUGAGCAGUGACUCGGCCGCCGGGUCCUCGGCCAAGGUGCCCGAGGGCGUGGCGGGCGCGCCCAACGAGGCGGCACUGCUGGCGCUGAUGGAGCGCACGGGCUACAGCAUGGUGCAGGAGAACGGGCAGCGCAAGUACGGCGGCCCACCGCCCGGCUGGGAGGGCCCGCACCCGCAGCGCGGCUGCGAGGUCUUCGUGGGCAAGAUCCCGCGCGACGUGUACGAGGACGAACUGGUGCCCGUGUUCGAGGCUGUGGGCCGCAUCUACGAGCUGCGCCUCAUGAUGGACUUCGACGGCAAGAACCGCGGCUACGCCUUCGUCAUGUACUGCCACAAGCACGAGGCCAAGCGCGCAGUGCGCGAGCUCAACAACUACGAGAUCCGCCCGGGUCGCCUGCUAGGCGUGUGCUGCAGCGUAGACAACUGCCGCCUCUUCAUCGGCGGGAUCCCCAAGAUGAAGAAGCGCGAGGAGAUCCUGGAGGAGAUCGCCAAGGUCACCGAGGGCGUGCUGGACGUGAUCGUCUACGCCAGCGCGGCCGACAAGAUGAAGAACCGUGGCUUCGCCUUCGUGGAGUACGAGAGCCACCGCGCGGCUGCCAUGGCUCGCCGCAAGCUCAUGCCCGGCCGCAUCCAGCUGUGGGGCCACCAGAUCGCCGUGGACUGGGCCGAGCCCGAGAUCGAUGUGGACGAGGACGUGAUGGAGACGGUGAAGAUCCUCUACGUGCGCAACCUCAUGAUCGAGACCACAGAGGACACCAUCAAGAAGAGCUUCGGCCAGUUCAACCCUGGCUGCGUGGAGCGCGUCAAGAAGAUCCGCGACUACGCCUUCGUGCACUUCACCAGCCGCGAGGAUGCCGUGCACGCCAUGAACAACCUCAACGGCACUGAGCUGGAGGGCUCGUGCCUGGAGGUCACGCUGGCCAAGCCCGUGGACAAGGAGCAGUACUCGCGCUACCAGAAGGCAGCCAGGGGUGGCGGUGCGGCCGAGGCGGCGCAGCAGCCCAGCUACGUGUACUCCUGCGACCCCUACACGCUGGCCUACUACGGCUACCCCUACAACGCGCUCAUCGGGCCCAACAGGGACUACUUCGUGAAAGCAGGCAGCAUAAGAGGCCGAGGGCGAGGUGCAGCUGGCAACAGAGCCCCGGGGCCCCGGGGUUCCUACCUCGGGGGAUAUUCUGCUGGCCGUGGUAUAUAUAGCCGAUAUCAUGAAGGGAAAGGAAAGCAGCAAGAAAAAGGAUAUGAACUUGUGCCGAAUUUGGAAAUCCCUACCGUCAACCCAGUUGCCAUUAAACCUGGUACAGUAGCCAUCCCUGCCAUUGGGGCCCAGUAUUCCAUGUUUCCAGCAGCUCCAGCCCCUAAAAUGAUUGAAGAUGGCAAAAUCCACACAGUGGAACACAUGAUCAGCCCCAUUGCUGUGCAGCCAGACCCAGCCAGUGCUGCUGCCGCCGCAGCUGCCGCAGCCGCAGCCGCAGCCGCCGUCAUUCCCACCGUGUCGACGCCACCACCUUUCCAGGGCCGCCCAAUAACUCCAGUAUACACGGUGGCUCCAAAUGUUCAGAGAAUUCCCACUGCCGGAAUCUACGGGGCCAGUUACGUGCCAUUUGCUGCUCCGGCCACAGCCACAAUCGCCACACUACAGAAGAACGCGGCCGCCGCGGCCGCCGUGUAUGGAGGAUACGCAGGCUACAUACCUCAGGCCUUCCCUGCUGCUGCCAUUCAGGUCCCCAUCCCUGACGUCUACCAGACAUACUGAGGCUGGUGACCAGCGCGAAGACAAACCACACGAACACCACUGAAGGAACGCUUGACUAUUUAUGAAGAAGGAACCUGUUGAAUUCGCACAUGCAAUCUGAAAGUGAAGAAUGUUCGCAGAUUUAUUUCUGAAAUAUUUUAUAUACAUGAAGUUUUCACUCGUUUUUUAAGACUAUUUUCAACUUAGCAGGCCUGCGUUUAUACAUUUCCAAAAGACUUGUAAUGGUUCGUGCCUUCAUACCAUCUUUUAAAAAUUUGUAUGCUGUACUACAUUUGUAUAGAGGUUUUUGUUGUUGUUUUUUUUUUAAGGAUAUAUUUUCAGUAUGAAGGUUAUUUUCUUAACUUCUGCACUCCAGAGAUUUCUAUUUUGUAGUACCUUCAAUAAUAUAUCAACUAUAUAUUAAAAAAAGCACACUUGAGCAGCUAGGGAACUAUUUUGAAAAAUAUAUACAAUAUUUAAAGAUACAAACAGUAGUGCUUAAAAAUACUACAUAAAACAUUAUUUUAAAGGUUAUACUGGAAAGUGCAAUUUUAAAAUGAGUAAAAUCUUUGUAUUUCUGCUGGCAUUAAGGGUUGAUGGUGUUACCAUGUAUCAUCAUGGCGGUACUAUUUUUUAAAAGAAACACUGAUUCUCUCCUUAAGCCAACAUUGAAAAGACUUGCCACACUUCUGAGUCCAAACACUGGAAAGCUCUCCUUUGCCACCGUUAGCUGGGCUCAUUCUCCAUGUGCCUUAACCUUACACAUGCCCCCACUACCCCAUCUCUCACCCUGUCCCCUCCUCCCCAAAUUCCCAGUCCCUCCACAAUGUUUGGCCAGCCUAGGACUGAUGAAUAGCUCUGAAAGAGGGAGGAGCUGGUGGCUUUUAUACUUCUUCCUGGGUUUUUGUUGGGGUUUGUUGUUUCGUUGUAUGUUUUUUGUUUUGUUUUGUUUUGGUUGGGGAAGUAUUAUCUUCUAUGUGUGCUAUUUUCAGCAGCAGAGUAAGUACAAGGUUUUAAUCGAGCUGCAUUAGACACCUUUGCCUAGCUAUUUAAUUGCCCAAUAUAAAACUUUAAUGCCAUUUCUAAUGCUUUUAUUCAUUUUUGAAGUAUGAGUUUGUAGGGACAAAGAAUGUAUGUUAUCAUAGACAAGACCCCCAGAGACUCUUGUCAGCAGAAAGUUAUGCUUCUAGUUGCCUUACCAUGUUUCAUGCAAAACUGUCCGUGGUCCUCAAGGGUGUUGGAAACAUUUUGUUUAUUAAAUCUCUCUUCCCUUGCUGUGCACUUGAUGGGUGAACUGAAUUGGGGUGUGCACAUCCAGGAGGAGGAGGAGAGACCUGUAGAAGUUUAAAGAUAGUUUGUAAAUAUCUUCUAAUGCUUGUUUUUAGUCCUUUUAUGUUGCAGAAGUUCAUGGUAUGUAGUUUAAUGCAAAAUGAAACCAUUUUAUUUCAAUGUUAUUAAAAAGGUUUGUUUUAUUAGGAAGUUAAUGUAUUGUUGCAGUGUUUUGUGCCUGUUUAAAGGCUUUUGUUUAGCAGAGUGAAUGUAAAAUACAGUAAAAUGUUAAGAUUGUCAUCUACUUUAAAAAUAUGUAUAUCAACUUGGAAUUGUUUUUUAAAGGCUCAAUCAAGGAAGUGAGGUGUGCAAUAAGGUAGCAAGUACACAGUUGCGUUUUUAUGUCAUAUUAGAGAUCCAUACAAUCUUUCCACCAUGGGAUUUUUGUUGAUGGCUGAAUUCUUGUGGAUUCAUAAGAGGAUCAUGCCCUUAGCAAGUACUUUUGUUUUGUUUUAAAUUAAGAGAUUCCCAAAUGCCUUUUCCCCCCUCAUCUUGAGACGAGAUGAGUUUUUAUGUGUAAGCAAUAUUUAUUUAACUAUUCUAUAAAAUUAUUGAGUGCCUCCUGAGGCCUUUAAGCACCCCUAACAUUCCUUUCCAUCAUUCUUUUAAAUGACAUAAAGUAAUUGUGCAAUGUUCCUGAUGAUGUACCCCGCAAGCUGCAUUGAAACUCAAAUCUCUUGGAAUGAGUGACUCAGCAAAAUGUAAUUUGAAUCAGAUCCUCAUCCCUUGACUAUGUGAAAAAAGUACUCUCCUUCUAGUGAAGGAUUGUCACAGAGUUUCACUGGAUGAAACCGUGACCCAGUGUUCUUACUGUAUUUUACGUAUGCCUGUAAAUUAUUUGUGAAGAAGAAGAAGAAGAGGAGGAGGAGGAGGAAGAGGAAGAGGAGGAAGGGGAAGAGAAAGGAAGGAAGGAAGGAAGGAAGGAAGGAAGGAAGGAAGGAAAGAAGGAAAGAAGGAAAGAAGGAAGGAAAGAAAAGAAAAAAAACAAUGAUACCUUAACAUGGCAACCACCAAACUCCCUUAAAAACAAACGUUGGUGACAUAGCUAGUUAAGUAUCAGUGAGCCUCCAAUCUGGGACUUACCUGUUCCUAUUGUUUCAAAACCAUUUCACGUACACUACUGAGAUAAGUUUAUAACUUGAAAUGUGAACUUUUUUUUUUUUUAGUGUUAAGAACAAACUAUAUAAAUGUAAAAAAAAAGUUUUAGAGUUCUGUUUUCAAACAUUGCUAGUGGUUUAGUUAACUUUAGCUGCUUUAUAUUUGAAAAGCUUUUAUUUAGAUCUUGCUCCAUUUACAGUACAUUCUUAGGAUGUAUGUAGUAAAUAAAGCUUUCUUUAAAGCAAUUGCAAGACCUUA